AGCCCGGCCAGUCCGGACUCGCAGCAGUUCAACAUCUUUCCGGCGAUCUUUAGCCGUCAGCUGAACUUCACCGGAAGCACGUGCGGCGCCAGUGGACAAGGCAAACUAAUGGACGACCUUCGGCCGAAUCUGGUGGGCGGUCUGCUGGGCCUGCAGCAAGGCCUACUCGAUGAUCAUACGCUGUCGCACGGCAAUUUGCAGCACAACGCACAGGAUAGUAAGUUCAUGUCACUGCAAGACAAUAGACUUAUGGGAAUCGGAUCCCACGAGAAUCGCCUACUAGGAUUAUCACAGGACAACCGAACACCCGGCGGCGGUCAGGGUUCUUCCGACAAACCGAUGCAGCGAAAGUGCAGCAGCACACCGGAGGAUUUCAGUGCCCUGUACGGUGGAUUAGCCGGGACGCCCAUCAGUGACCAUCACCAUCAUCACACGCCUGCCCAUACACCACCGAAUCGGUUAUCGGACAACGCAUCCGUGACAGCGGAAGGUGCUUUUAAAAAACUAAAACCCGAACCGAACGGAGGACUUUCGUCGGUGUCCGGUGGCAUCUCGUCGCCCGGAAGUGGAAUCUCAUCCCUGCCUCAGCACGCCGGUCAUACGCCCACCACGGCAUCCUGUCCGACGCCGGCGCGGAGGCGGCACCGGACCACGUUUACUCAGGAACAGUUAGCAGAACUAGAAGCGGCCUUUGCAAAAUCCCACUACCCUGAUAUCUACUGUAGAGAGGAAUUAGCGCGAACCACCAAACUAAACGAAGCAAGGAUACAGGUCUGGUUUCAGAACCGCCGGGCCAAGUAUCGCAAGCAAGAAAAGCAAUUACAGAAAGCGCUCGCCCCCUCGGUGAUACCGUCCUGCAACGGGAUGAUGCGAAACAUACAGGGCUACAGCGUGUCCCGAGGUUAUCAACCGUAUCCCCAUCCAAACUCAAUCAAUCGAUAUCCGCAGGAUCUCUUCCAGAUGGGUGCCUCGUCGUAUCCCGGCAUGACGCAGCCAUUCUCUAUGACGCACGGCUCCAACAUGGGCUCGGUAGGCGUUCGCCAGGAUUCCAUGGGUAAGUUCAACUCAACACGUCGCCGCCACGGUAUGUCCGCCGAGGAUGAAUGGUACAAUAAGAGUCUAUCGGCACUCCGGAUGAACAGCUCGCACCACCCGAACCUGUCCGCACCGAUGCUCCAGUAUCAGACAUAA